AUGGCCGACGUCCCGCUUGUUGUCAUCUCUGAGUUUGCGCAGUCGGAGCGCCGAAUUACUCCCUCAUGGACCAUCUCUCAGCUCAAGGGCAAGCUUGAGACAGUCACAGGUGUCCCACCUGGCUGUCAGCGUCUCUCGUUGAAGCCCACGGCUGGCGCAGAGGCCAUCGCCAUUGAGGCGGCUGAUGAGGAUGACACCCACCUGUCCAACUUUCCCCUGGCCCCAUAUGCAGAACUUCAUGUAAUUGACACACGGCCUGCGGCCUCCCGUAUCAACUUGAACGACACCGCGGGCGUCGACAAGUAUGUCAUGCCCGAGGAAGAGUACGAGAAAAAGUCCGACUCGGUCCUGGCUUGGAAGAAGGCUCAGAAGCUGGGCCGCUUCGACCCAGAUGCCCCCAGUCACGAGCAGGCCAAGCUCAACGCCCUCAACAGAGAGGUGACAGCGAGGGGUAUCGCUGUAGGCCGCCGGUGUCGCGUUGGCGGUGAGGAUACUCGACGGGGUGUCAUCCAGUACGUCGGUGAAGUCAAGGAGAUUCCCGGCGGUCUCGGAAGCUGGGUCGGUGUUCAGUUGGAUGAGCCUGUUGGUAAGAAUGACGGCAGCAUUGCUGGAACUCGGUACUGGGGCGAGCCUUCGGAUCUCAAGCACGGUGUCUUUGUGAGACCGGAGCGGGUUGAGGUCGGUGACUUCCCUGCUCUUGACGACUUGGAGGAUAUGGAAGAGAUCUAA